AUGUGCACUAGAGUCCAGCCCGUGGAGUGGACCACAGAUCUGAAGAACCAGAAUUUUGAUGGGAUCGUGUUGGUGACUGAGAGCUAUGAGACUUUGCCCUCUGAGCUGGAGAGUCUCAAAGCUCCUCUGCAGGAUUACAGCGCUGUGGACAGUGCUGUAGGUGCGGAGGUGGUGGUCCUGAGAGUUCCGGGACUCCCAGGAAACCGGCUCCUGUUCGCGUCUACAGGACCCUUGAACCGAGACUACGACGACGUCCGCCGCUUCAGCGAUGCCGCCGUCAACGGGAUCAAACGGGCCCUUAAGACCGGUAUGCAGCGCCCCCUGCUGGUGUGUCCUGAACAUCCCCAGUACAAGAAGAGCACUCUGGUGGCCGCUCUGGGAGCCCUCCACGCCCUCUACAUGCCGCUGGAGGUGAGAGAGAGCCGCACGAAGCCGAGUGAGCUGAAAGCCUGCGUGCUGGGACUAUGGGUUACCCGUGAGGAGGAGGGGAAGCGCCUGGUGCAGCUGGCGGAGGCUCUGGAGAGCGGAAGAGUGGCCUGUCGCGACAUCGGAGGCUCCGACCCCGAGCGCAUGGCGGCUCCUCUCUCCGCGGUUUACGUCCAGGAGCUGUUCAAGGACAGUCCGGUGAAGGUGGAGGUGUUGAGUGACGUGAAGAUCCUGGAGAAGGAGUAUCCCUGCCUCGCUGCCGUGAACCGAUGUGCAAACUGCGUCCCUCGUCAUCAGGGGAGAGUGAUCAAACUGCAGUACUGCGGAGAAGGCCCCGUCACCACCACGCUGAUGCUGGUCGGAAAAGGAAUCACGUACGACACCGGUGGAGCUGACAUCAAAGCCGGAGGGUUCAUGGCCGGAAUGCACCGCGACAAGUGCGGAGCCGCCGCCGUGGCUGGCUUCUUUCAGGUUUUGGCCAAACUGAAGCCAAAGCAUCUGAAGGUUAUUGGGUCCAUGGCGAUGGUCCGCAACAGCGUGGGAUCAGACUGUUACGUGGCCGACGAGCUGCUUCUGUCUCGUGCCGGUCGCAGAGUGAGGGUGGGGAACACAGACGCAGAGGGACGGAUGGUGAUGGUGGAUCUGCUGUGUGAGAUGAAGGAGAAGGCGUUGGGUGAAGUGUCUCCUCAGCUCUUCACGAUCGCGACUCUGACCGGACACGCCAUCCGAGCCAUGGGACCGGACUACUCUAUAAUUAUGGAUAAUGGUCCAGCUCACCGCGCCGGAAAUGCAGCUAAAUGGCAGAAAGCCGGGGAAGUGCUCGGAGAUGAGUUUGAAGUGUCCCGUAUCCGGAGGGAGGAUUACGAGUUCCACAAAGGCAAGUCUGAGUACGAGGACAUCCUCCAGUGCAACAACCUGCCGUCCUCUGCCACUCCCCGCGGACACCAGACGCCUGCAGCCUUCCUCAUCAUGGCCUCUGGGCUCGACAAGCACGGAGUGGAUUCUAAAGCACCUCUGCCGUACUCUCACAUUGACAUAGCUGGAUCCAGUGGCCCCUUCCCUGGCGUCCCCACAGGAGCCCCGAUCCUCGCCAUGGCCACUCACUACAUCCUGGGAGACAAAUGCUAA